CUCAUUUAUGUUUGACGGACACAAGAGUCUGAAGAGCCUGAAGACGCUCAGAGGUUUUCUAAUAUUCACAGUUUUCUGUUUGACGCUUCAACAAGAUUCUACAGAGUUCUGGAGGAGCAGGUCCUGGUUUAUGUCCAACAGCAGCUGCAGAGGCUCCACAGGCUCCUGGCCUCAGAUUACCCAGAAUGCUCUGAGGGUGAGGAGCUGAGCACAGAGGUUCUGAACAUCACCCUGGACUUCCUGAAGAGGAUGGACCAGGAGCAUCUGGCCCAGCGUCUGAAGAACAGGACUGAAGUUGGAGUUCACUGUGAGAAACUGAAGAGGCAUCUGCAGCAGAGAUUCAGUCGUGUGUUUGAGGGCGUGGCUAAAGCAGGAGACUCCGCCCCCCUGACCCAGAUCUACACAGAGCUCUACAUCACAGAGGGCGGAGCCUCAGAGGUCAACCAGGAACAUGAGGUCAGACACAUGGAGACGGCGUCCAGGAGACCGGUCGCUUCCAGAGACCAUCACAUGUGAAGAGCUCUUUAAACCCCGCCCACAUUCACCACAGCCAAUCCAGGGCAGAGCUGUCAAAAAGAAAGAGGCCAAUCAAGGCAAUAAUGAAUAAACUAUUUGGUAAAAGUAAACCAGACAAAAUAACAAUGAAAGAGGCACAUACAGCAAUGAGAACAGAGAAAACAGAGCAGCCAAUCAGAUUAGUGCUGACGAAGGGCGUGGCCGGCGUGGGGAAAACAGUGCUGACUCAGAAGUUCAGCCUGGACUGGGCUGAAGGCCGGGCCCACCAGGACCUCCAGCUGCUGUUCCCGUUCACUUUCAGAGAGCUCAAUGUGCUCAGAGACACACAGUUCAGCCUGGUGGAGCUGCUGCACCACUUCUUCAGUCCAUCCAAAGAUCUCUGCAGCUUCCAACAGCUCCAGGUGCUCUUCAUCUUUGACGGUCUGGACGAGUGCAGACUUCCUCUGGACUUCGGCCAAACCCGGGUCCUGACCGACCCCACAGAGUCCACCUCAGUGCACGUGCUGCUGGUGAACCUCAUCAGGGGGAGCCUGCUUCCCUCCGCUCGCCUCUGGAUAACCACGCGCCCUGCCGCGGCCAAUCAGAUCCCUGCUGAGUGUGUCUCCAUGGUGACAGAGGUGCGAGGGUUCACCGACUCGCAGAAGGAGCAGUACUUCAGGAAGAGGUUCAGAGACCAGGCCACAGUCGUCAUCUCCCACAUCAAGAGCGUCCGCAGCCUCCACAUCAUGAGCCACAUGCCGAUCUUCUGCUGGAUCCUCUCCACAGUUCUACAGAAGCUUCUGGAACAAACAGAGGAACCAGAGCUGCCCCGGACUCUCACACAGAUGUACGUCCACUUCCUGGUGGUGCAGGCCAAAGUCCAGAACAUCAAGUAUCACCAGGGAUCAGGGGAGGACCUUCACUGGACUCCAGAGACCAGGGAGAUGGUGAAGUCUCUGGGAAAACUGGCCUUUGAGCAGCUGCAGAAAGGAAACCUGAUCUUCUACGAGAGUGACCUGAGCGAGUGUGGGCUGGACGCUGCAGCGGCCUCAGUGUACUCCGGAGUGUUCACACAGGUCUUUAGAGAGGAGCCAGGCCUGUACCAGGACAAGGUCUACUGCUUCAUCCAUCUGAGUGUGCAGGAGUUUCUGGCUGCUCUUCAUGUUCAUCAGACCUUCUUCAGCUCUGGAGAGAACCUGCUGGAGACACCACACUCCUCUAAGUGUCCAGACCUUGAAGACUUCUACCGCUCUGCUGUGGACCAGGCCUUACAGAGUCCAAACGGACACCUGGACCUGUUCCUGCGCUUCCUCCUGGGGCUGUCUCUGCCGACCAAUCAGAGGCUGCUGCAGGGUCUGCUGACUCACACAGGAAGUGAACGGACCAAUCAGGAGACAGUAAAGUACAUCAAACAGAAGAUGAAUGAAGAGGGUCUGUCUGCAGAGAGAAGAAUGAACCUGCUCCACUGUCUGAACGAACUCAACGACCAUAGUCUGCUUGAGGAGAUACAGAAGAACAUGAGAGAAGGAGAACUCUCCUCUUUAAGUUCUCCUGCUCUGUGGUCUGCUCUGUCCUUCAUCUUACUGUCCUCAGACUCAGACCUGCAGGAGUUUGACCUGAGGAAAUACCAGCGCUCAGAGAGAGCUCUCCUGUGUCUGCUGCCGGUGGUCAGAGCCUCCACCAAAGCCCUUCUUUGUGGCUGUGGUCUGUCCCCUCACAGCUGUGGUCCUCUGGCCUCAGUCCUCAGCUCCUCCAGUCUCACACAUCUGGAUCUCAGUCACAACGACCUCCAGGACUCAGGAGUGGAGCUGCUGUGUUCUGGACUGAAGAGCGCCCCCUGCAGACUGGAGACGCUCAGGCUGUCUGGAUGUCUGGUCUCAGAGAGGGGCGGGGCUGCUCUGGCCUCAGCUCUGAGCUCCGCCCCCUCCCACCUCAGAGAGUUGGACCUGAGCUACAACCAUCCAGGACCCUCAGCAGAGCUCCUGACCGCUCUACGGGACUGUCAGACCACACUGCCCCCU